CCGGUCCAGCUGGAUGCCAAUUCGUAGUAACCGUGUAUAUAUGCAGGGGUAUAGAAGAAAUGGCGGCAGAAGAAGGACAAGUGAUCGGUUGCCACGCGAACGAUGUAUGGACCGUUCAACUCGACAAAGCCAAAGAGUCCAACAAGCUGAUUGUGAUAGAUUUCACUGCUUCAUGGUGUCCACCAUGCCGUCUGAUUGCUCCAGUUUUCACCGAUUUGGCUAAGAAGUUCAUGUCGAGUGCAAUCUUCUUCAAGGUGGAUGUUGACGAACUUCAGAGUGUUGCUCAAGAGUUUGGUGUGGAGGCAAUGCCAACCUUUGUGUUCAUGAAAGCCGGCGAAGUUGUGGAUAAGCUUGUUGGUGCGAGGAAAGACGAUCUUCUGGCUACUAUAGUGAAGCAUACUGGUGUUGCCACUGCUUAACUCAGUUUGAGGCAUAAUAAUAUCUAUAAGGUCCAGUUUGUUAUCUUAUGUUUCGCUAAUCUUAAUGGGGAUAUUGUAGAUGGAGAUAUGAAUAAUGUAGAAGUUAGUUGAUCUCUGACUGUUUUAAGUCUGCACUGAUCUGUUGAUGAUGUU